AUGUUAGGGGGGUGGUUGCCAUUGGUGACUGGGCAAGCAGUACUGCAGAGAGAAGAGUUAUCCAUCGUGGUGUCUAAGUUCUUCCAGGCUGUCAAGUGUCCUGAACGCACUGGUGCGACACAGCAGCUCUGUGAACAGUGUCUUGCGCCAGAGCGGCUAAUGUCGGUGUUGGAGGAUGAUGGGAAAGAUGACAUCAGUGAGGAAGACUACGGCAGAGUUUCCAUCAUGCUUAUCUACUACGUGGUUAACAUGAGGGAUCUCUGCUCCUCGGACCUCACCUCCUCCUCCACCUCCUCCUCCUCUCCUGUUUUCCUGGAUUAUUCUCACUGUCUCAGAGCUCUUUCCGGUCUCCACCCUUUGGAGGACGGAACGUUUCUCUCAGCCAAUGAGACGGAGAGUAUUUUACAGAUCAUCAAUGAGAAUUACCAACCUUCAGCAAAGGAAAAGCCUGCCUUAACACUCACAAAGUGUAUUGAUGCUGCACAUCUGAUGGAGGAAGUGGAUGUAACAGACCAUCAAGGCAUUGAUUUAUCUUCUGCAUCCCGAUUGGCUACAGCGAUUGUCAAUCAUGUACUCCGUGGCGACUGUCUGAGCAGAAGGAACCUUCCCUCGCCGUCAUUUUUCACUGACUACAUUUUUCUUUCGCUCAACCGAACCAACAGUCUGCAUGUCACUGAUCUGGAGGAGCUUCUCCACCAGCUUGGUGUGGGAGAGGUCAUGGCACCUUCCUCGCAAAAUAGGCUCCUCAAGCAAAGGACGUCAAAUCCCACUCAAAAACAGCUGGAGUUCCAGCAGCUGGAUGGCAACUGCAACCCAGAGUCCGUUACAGCUGACAAUGACUGGUCUCAGGUGUGUUUCUCAGCCAAUCAGCUUCUGGAUGCCUUUGCUUUGGAUUCCAAUUCGCCGGUUUCCAGGGAGCACUUCAGACAGAUCUGCCCUGCCGUGAUCCAGCAGUUGCUAAGCAACGCCUGUGACCAAUCAAGAUCCAAAGUUAAGGGGUCACCUCCGACCGCGAUCGAGAAGUAUGGUUACAGUACAGUGGCAGUAUUGUUGAUCACGGUGGGGUCCAUGCUGGGCAUCUGUCUCAUCUUCUUUAACUCGUGCCAGGAGACAUACGCCCUCAUCCUGCAGCUCUUCGUGGGUCUGGCAGUGGGCACUCUCUCAGGGGACGCCUUGCUCCACCUCAUACCUGAGAUCCUUGGUGUUCACGAUGAUGGUCACCAAGACGACCAUGACCUUGGAGAACAUAAGGAAUACCUAUGGAAGAUCCUGGGAAUCAUCGGUGGGAUCUAUGGCUUCUUCCUUAUCGAGAGAAUCUUCUCUCUUGUCAUGUCUUCCUAUGGACAUACCCAUUCUCAUGGAAUGCCAAUGGAGAUGAAUUGUAAUGGACAAACUCAAAGAGGGAAGUCCAUCUCCACCAUUCAGCUGGGAACAUUAGAAGAAGCUGAAUGUACAGAAAUCCAAUCAGAAGAACGCAAUGUCAGCCCAUCUCAUCAAAAGAGGAGAGGCAUUCCUCUCCUGGCUGUGAUGGUGAUCGUUGGUGACAGCCUCCAUAACUUUGCGGAUGGUCUGGUAGUGGGUGCGGCCUUCUCCUCCUCUGCUGAAACUGGCAUGGCCACAACUGUAGCCAUUCUCUGCCACGAAAUUCCCCAUGAGAUGGGUGAUUUUGCGGUGUUACUGAGCUCCGGUCUGUCCGUGAAGUGUGCAGUACUAAUGAACUUCAUCAGUGCCCUCACUGCUUUCAUGGGCCUUUACAUUGGCCUCUUCGUCUCCACGGAAACGGAGGUACAGCAGUGGAUCUUCACAGUCACCGCAGGGAUAUUCCUCUACCUUUCACUCGUGGAGAUGAUGCCUGAGAUGAGUCGGACUCAGUCUCCACGACCGUAUCUGAUGUUCUUGUUGCAAAAUAUUGGGCUUUUAAUGGGCUGGGCCUGUCUAUUGUUACUGGCUCUGUUUGAACACAAACUCACCUUUUAA